AGGGUGCACAGGCUCCAGGCGCUCCCUGCUCCCCUGUGCACGCUGAGCCGGCCGCUGCGGGCCCCUGGUACCAUGAGCGCUGCCAUGCGCCGCCACCUUGGACUCUUGCUCCUGGCCCAAGUGCUGCUGUGCACCGCUGCCACACGGUUUCAAGAUGUGCUGAGCCAUGGAAGAACUUCUGCUGCCACAUCCUAUAGGAAGCUACAAGGCUGGUCUAGUGAUCAAAAUAAAUGGAACGAAAAGCUUUACCCUUUCUGGGAAGAAGGCGAUCCCAGAUGGAAAGACUCCUGGAAAGAUGGACAGGUGACAGCCAAAUUGGACACUGACAGCCCAGCACUGGUAGGAUCCAACGUGACCUUUGUUGUGACUCUCCAGUUUCCCAAGUGUCAGAAAGAAGAUAAUGAUGGCAACAUAAUAUAUGAGAGAAACUGUACCCGGGAUCCUCCAGCAUCGCAGGAUCAGCAAGUCUAUGUCUACAACUGGACUGAAUGGAUCGACAACUGUGGCUGGGAAAACUGCACAAGCAACCACAGCCAUGAUGUAUUCCCAGAUGGGAGACCUUUCCCUCAUUAUCCUGGAUGGAGGAAGAGGAACUUUGUCUACGUGUUUCACACAUUUGGUCAGUACUACCAAAGAACUGGACGAUCUUCAACAACGUUUUCUGUCAACACAGCAAACAUCACUGUUGGCAAACACGUGAUGGCAGUAUCCAUUUACAGGAGAGGGCACUCCACACACAUUCCAAUUGCAAGAGCAAGUGCUGUUUAUGUUGUAACAGACAAAAUUCCACUAUCUGUGACUAUGUUCCAAAAACAUGACCGCAACAUCUCAGACUCCAUCUUUAUCAAAGACUCACCAGUCACUUUUGAUGUGAAGAUCCAUGAUCCCAGCUACUAUCUUAAUAAUUCUGCCAUCUCCUACAAGUGGAACUUUGGAGAUGGAAGUGGCUUAUUUGUAGCCAGCAGUUCCACCACAUCUCACACCUACACUCUGCAAGGAAACUUCACUCUGAAUUUAACUGUCCAAGCAAUUAUACCUGUACCUUGCAAGCCAGUAACACCCACUGCACCACUGCCCACAUCAGCAGUAACAACUGGAGCAUCUUUUAAUUCAGACUCUUCUACCAUUAUUGAGACAAUGGAAGACAGUCCCGACGAAGGCUGCCAUAUUUAUAGAAAUGGAUACUAUGGAACUGGUAUUUCUGUCAUAGAGGGAAUCCUUGAGGUAAAUAUUAUUCAGAUGACGACCAUCCAGAUGACAGAAAGUCAAGCUGAAAAUUCACUUGUUGACUUUGUUGUUACCUGCCAAGAGAGUCUCCCCACAGAUGUCUGCACCGUAGUUUCUGACCCGACGUGCCAAGUGUCAAAGAGUGUGGUAUGUGACCCCGUCACCGUCAAAAACGAAUGCUUACUCACCAUCAGGAGAGCUUUUGAGGAACCUGGAACCUACUGUAUAAACAUCACCUUGGGAGAUGACACAAGCCAAGCCCUUGCCAGUGCGUUGAUCUCUGUAAAUAGAGGAUCAUCAUCAGGAACAACAGAAGGUGUUUUUAUCUUCCUUGGCUUGUUGGCAGUGUUUGCCGCCAUUGGGGCUUUUAUCCUUUACAAGAGAUACAAGCAAUACAAGCCUAUUGAGAGGAACACAGGACAAGCAGAGAACCAGGAGGGAUUAACUACUUACUUCAGCAAGUUCAAAGCCAUUUUCUUUUCUAGUAACACUGAGAGAAAUCCUCUGCUGAAAGGCAAACCAGGCAUUGUUUAAAUCUAUGGUCUAACUCUGACUAUUAGACUAAGUACAGGACUAAGAUCUGAACUGUACUUUGAUGGGGUUUUCUUGUUAUAAAAAAACAGGGAGUAAGGUGAAAGCACAUAUAGACGGGAUGAUACCUUUUUGGGGCUUGGUGCAAUUAGAAAUAUGAAAAUAGUCCGUUGUAGAAAACAAUGAGGUAGUUUUGAGCACUUGCUGUUCUUGCUUGUGAUCUAGGAUACAUUCUUCUGAAUAACUGACAUAACCACCACUCUACCACCUCCCUUUUCUGGGUUUUCUUACUUACUAGGAUACUUGCAACACUAAUCAGACUCCCAAUCUGGAGGAAGGAAGAAAGAUUAAUUUAAAAAACAAACAACCAACCAAACAAUUGUUGUAAAUACUUAGUCUAUGGCUGCUUACUGCCUUAGCAGGAUUUGUGCCUUUGCUAGAAAGAAAGACACAGGGGGCAGACACAUGUGACGCCUGUGGAAUGAGACGUGCCGUGGCCUGUUCCCAGGCAUUGGCACUACACUGCUGCCACUGUUAACUGUUGAGGAGGUCCUAGAGCAAGGCUGCCCCAGGCAGGCCAGCUCCCCACCAAGCAAACCCCAGAUGCUGGGAAGAACCAGAGGCAUCACUCCCCACCGGGAGCCUGGCAGCAGCCACCCUGUUUUGCAGGCUUCAGUAGCAUGGAUGCAGGUCAUUACAUGCCAGUUGGCCUCAGGGAUGGAAAAGAGGGUUGGACAUAUUUAGUUUCCCCCUGGAUGUGGCUACCAGUGUACAAGUCUCACUACAAUCUAGACCACAGACAGCAAACAACAACAUAAGGCCCAUCUGCUUGGCUCUCCUCAUUGAAACUUUUAUUCUGAGUCCCAUGUAAAAUCCUUAGAUGCAAUUGUUGUUGCUGUCUUUGUCUCCUUUGUUUCUAUUGGUGUUGAGACACUGGACUGGCACCACCGCUCCCACAAGAGCUUAUAUGUGCUUCAUGUACAAAGGUCAGCAGAACAAGGGCUCUAGCAGCAAGAGGUAACACUCAGCUCCCUUUCCCCUUCUCCUUCAUUCCUCACUCUCCUGCUGUAAAGAUACAUUGAUUUCUGCUUGCUCCUCCAUCUCUCUGUCUUUAAUCACUUAAUCAAUAAAUGAAAAUCCCAAUAUAAAUAAAAUACUACGCUCCGGUUUCUGCUUUUGCAUGAUACAGUUUAGAAAGUGUGAAAUUCUGCAAAAUCAAUGUGCCUUCACUUGCUCUCUCUAGCUACAGUUCUAGCUGUGUUAAGAAACCUUACACUGAGGCCUUUCCCUAGUCUUCUAGCCAUCCAUGCUCAUUGUUCUCCAUCAUGGUGUUCCACAAUGCCAGACCAGAGGCAGUCUGCUGAAGGCUGGAUUACUGGAUGAGAAAAGGCAAGCAGCUUAUUUGUAGAAAGGAAGAGGUUGCUAAAAAGGUUCACCGAGAGAACAAAUAAAAGAUGCUUUAAAUACUUUGUUAUCCACAAGAGCCUUGCUGCUAAUAUCACAGGUGAUAAUCAAAAUGAAAUUAACUUUCAACUAGGGGCUUGGCAAAUGACCUUAAGCAGUCCAUUUUAAACACUGAAUUCCUUGAAGAUCUAUGUUGGGAUAUAUUUAGCAUAUUUACUGUAUCUCGGAAUACCCGGAUAGGUAACUCUUCUCCGUUCCUCAGGCAAUAUAUAAGCAUAAACAUAUUUUCCUGGUAUCUCAGCAGACUUGCCAAAUGCUUGUCAUUUGUAAUCUAAAUCCAGUCUUCAUUACCACUUCCCCAGUGCAUGUAGAUACUUUAAAUGAUGUGAGGAUAUAAAAAAACCGCAGCUUUGGACAUACCUCUGAGAUCAGUUCUUUGAGUUCUAAAAUUCAACAGUCUCUUUUUUCUUUUGUUACCAGGUUCUCCAAUAUUUUAACUAUUUUGUGGCCAUCCCAGUUGUAUUAUUAAAACCACCACGUUUGCCUUUGUUUCAUCUUCUUUAUACAUAACAUCCUAUUGUCUAACCAUAACUGGGCACUAAAAACUAUUCUCUGACUUAAACAGAAAACACAUCCUGCAAAAAUUGCUGCCUGAAUGUUAUGUCUUCCGUUAUCAGUCAGGCUACAGACAGGAAGGACUGUAAACUAUCCUUGUUGCCCCAGCUUGAGACAGGACAGAGGUUUAGUGGAUGGUCUGUAAUGCAGCAUGACAAAAUUAAAUCUGUCACAGCUAUAACUCCCUGGAUCAGUGGUGAUGCAGGCUAUCUCUGACCUGUGUUAUAUGCAGAAAGCAUCUUAUUUCAGCAAAACAUUGCAUGUUAAGAACCCAGAGACAUCUUAAGUUUUUGCAUAGAAAGCAGC